CUCCGACAUCUCGCUCCGAACGUCGGGCUCCACGGCCCCCGCCCGGCGGCAUUGCCGUCUUGCACCACAUGGUGCUCGUCAGCCUGUUUGCCAAGUGUUUUGCGCUAGAGUCACACUGUCCGACUGACUCCACCUCUGUGCUCUGCAGAGCACGGAGCCGACAACGCUUGGGCGUGUGAUUCAGCACCGACAUGCAAGAGUGGGGUAUAUCCUCGUGGUGUUGGCACCUGUCCGCUGCCCAACACACCCACAUCUAAUGGCAAAAGACAAAGACAGAGAUUUGGACGACGCCGACGACGAGAAGGAGAUCGUAGCCACGGCCGCCGCCGACGGCGACAAGCCAAGAUGGCACCUGUUCCGCCCGUCUACGCCGCCGCCUGUGCCCGAGUCGAUCGACGAUGCAAAGGAGAUUCCACUGGCCACGGCAUCUUGGUUCUCGCGCAUGGUCGUGGCGUGGAUGGACCCGCUGAUGGCCGUCGGCUUCAAGCGCCCGCUGCAGUCUCCCGACCUGUGGAAGAUGGACAAGAGCAGGCAAGCCGAGGUAGUGUGCACUCGCUUGCUAGACAACAUUGCCAAGCGACAGGCCGCGAGGAAAGAGUACAACGCGCAGCUGGCGACGGCCAAGCCGAGCGCUUGGAGGAGGACGCGGUGGACCGCCAAGGCCGCGUACCGGCGCAAGCUGGGAUCCGAGUACGCAGACUACGGAAGCGAUAGCACGUACGCCGCGCGCGUGGCGACGCUCGAGGCCGAGUGGCGAGGAAAGAGUGGCAAGCAGGGCGGCGGUAACGCGAUCGCGCGCGCGCUCCUCGACUCGUUCCCGGCGCUGUGGUAUGCCGCGCCGUACAAGCUCAUCAGCGACGCCGUCAUCAUCACGAGCCCGCUGCUGACCAAGGAGAUCAUCCGCUUCAGCCAGCACGAGUACGCGUACCGGCACGGCACUCCGGGCGUCAGCCAGCCCAACAUGGGCCGCGGUAUCGGAAUGGCGUUUGGCCUGUUCGUCAUGUACCUCGUCCAGUCUGUCGGGCAGGCCCAGUUCUUCUUCCUCGCGCAGCACGAGGGCGCGCUGGCCCGCGCGGCCAUGAUUCAGGCCAUCUACCGCACCACGUUCAACCACUCUGUCGCAUCCCGCGCAAAGAACACGACGGGCAAGCUCAUGGCACACCUGUCGGCCGACAUCUCGCGCAUCGACAUGGUCGCCAUGCAGUUCCACUUCAUCUGGGCCGCGCCCAUCUCGCUGAUCGUGGCCCUCAUCCUGCUCUGCCUCCAAAUCGGCGCGUCGGGCAUCAUCGGCUUCCUCGUCAUCCUUGUGCUUGCGCCGCUGCAAGCAUGGCUCACCAAGUGGGGCCUCGAGCUGCGCCGCAAGUCGAUGGUGUUCACCGAGAGCAGGUCAAAGCUGCUCCAGGAGCUGCUGUCGUCCAUGUCGACAAUCAAAAUGUUCACAUACGAGCUGCCGUUCCUGUCGCGGUUGAAUGGCAUCCGCGCGAGCGAGAUGCUCAGCCUGCGCAACAUGCUCUUCUUGCGGUCUGCCGGCGACUCGAUGAUGUUUGCGCUGCCCACCAUUGGCUCCGUGUUUGCGUUCAUCAUGUACUCGGCGCUCAACCCGACCAUGGACAUUGCGAACCUCUUCACGGCAGUCACGUACUUUGGAGCUAUUCAGACACCGCUGGGUCAGAUUCCCCGUGUGCUCGCGUCUUUUGCGGACGUUAUCAACGCGCUGGAGCGUGUAUCGAGCGUGUUUGACGCCGAGUCACGCGAGGAGACCAAGACGAUCGACCCGGACCUCGACGUCGCGGUGCGUGUCAAGGAGGCAACUUUCCAGUGGGUCGAGGUGCCCACCGACGAGGACGACAGCAAGAAGAAGAAGAAGAAGGACAAGAAGGGCAAGAAGGACAAGGGCAGCAACAAGAGCAGCGCUGUGCCCAGCGCCGCGGCGACCCCAGACCGCACGCCCACGCCGACCCCGACCCCGCCACCCGCCGAGCCAUUCUCAGUGCGCGACCUCAACCUCGAGAUCCCGCGUGGCCAGCUCGUCGGCAUCAUCGGUCCGGUAGGCUCUGGCAAGAGCAGUAUCCUGCAAGGUCUACUGGGCGAGAUGAAGACGCUCGCCGGCAGCGUCGCGUUCGGCGGCACAAUUGGAUACUGUCAGCAGAGCGCGUGGAUCCAGAACGCGACGAUCCGCGACAACAUCCUCUUCGGCCAGCCCUGGGACGAGGCAAAGUACUGGUCUGUGAUUGCGCGCGCGAGCCUCACGCGCGACCUCGAGAUCCUCGCCGACGGCGACCUGACCGAGAUUGGCGAGAAGGGCAUCAACAUCUCGGGCGGGCAGAAGCAGCGCAUCAACAUUGCGCGCGCGCUGUACUUUGACGCCGACGUCAUCCUGCUCGACGACCCGCUGAGCGCGCUCGAUGCGCACGUCGGCCGGUCAGUGUUCAACGACGCGAUCCUGGGCCUGCGCAAGGCCGGCAAGACGGUGCUUCUCGUCACGCAUGGGCUGCACUUCCUCCCGCAGGUAGACUACAUCUACACUGUUGACGACGGCCGCGUGGCCCAGCAGGGCACGUACGCUGAGCUCAUGGCGUCGGACGAGGGCGCGUUCAAGGAGCUCAUGGACGCAUUUGGCGGCGGGCACGGCGAGUUCGAGCACGCCGCCGAUGAGGAGGAGGCGAUCGAAGACGAAGGCAAGGGCAAGGCGGUCGACAGCGACGAGGAGACUGCUGCGGGCGAGAAGCGCAAGGGUGCCGGCGAGGGCAAGCUCGAGGGCAAGCUCACCACCGACGAGGAGCGCAAGACCGGCGCUGUGGGACCAAAGGUGUACGGCGCGUACCUCUCCGCCGGCGGGCUGUGGUGGAUCCCCGUCGUCGUCCUCAUGGCCAUCCUCAUGCAGGGCUCGCAGCUCAUGUCGACCGUGUGGCUCACGUACUGGCAGACGGACAGCUUCCACCGCAAGCAGCCGUUCUACCAGGGCAUGUACGCCAUGCUGGGCAUCUCGAGCGCCUUCUUCACCCUCUUCACAGGCAUGUCCAUCACCACGCUGAGCGUCAACGCGAGCCGCAACCUCUUCAGCAAGGCGCUGCACCACGUCUUCUUCUCCCCGAUGAGCUUCUUCGACACGACCCCGCUCGGUCGCAUCAUGGGCAUCUUCAGCAAGGACGUCGACGCCAUGGACAACAUGGUGCCCGACACGUUCCGGUACACGCUCAUCAUCAUCUGCAUGCUCAUCGGCUCAAUCGUCAUCAUCGCCAUCCACUUCCCCUACUUUGUCGGCGUGGUGGCCGGCGUGUGCAUCCUGUACGGCUUCAUCGUCUUCUUCUACCGCCGCACAGCGCGCGAAGUCAAGCGCCUCGAUUCGAUGCACCGCUCGCUGCUGUACUCGCACUUCUCCGAGUCGCUCACCGGCCUCGCGACUAUCCGGGCCUACGGCGAGACGGAGCGCUUCCUCACGCACAACGCCGACCUCAUCGACCUCCAGGACCGCGCGUACAUCCUCACCAAGGCCGACGAAGCGUGGCUCGAGGCGCGCCUCGGCAUCGCCGGCUCGCUGCUGAUCCUCGCCGUCGCGCUCAUGUGUACCGCCGGCGGCGGGUCCAUCAACCCCGGCCAGGUGGCGCUGACGCUCAACUACAUGGUGCAGGUGACCAUCAUGCUGGGUGCUUUGCUCCACAUUGGAACGAUGCUCGAGAACGCGAUGAACGCCGUCGAGCGCACCCUGUUCUACUCGGACGGCCACCUGCCCCAGGAGAAGGCGUACGAGCUCGACACGGACCCCAAGGACUGGCCCACCAACGGCGCGAUCGCACUCGACAAGGUCGUCAUGUCGUACCGCCCGGGUCAGCCAAUCGUCCUCAAGGGCGUGUCGGUUGACAUUGGCUCUGGCGAGCGCGUCGGCAUUGUCGGGCGGACAGGCGCCGGCAAGACGUCCAUCACGGUGGCUCUGUACCGCAUCGCCGAGCUGCUGAGCGGUACCAUCUCGAUCGACGGCUUGGAUAUCAGCACCCUGGGUCUCAAGAAGCUCCGCUCAAGCCUGGCGGUUAUCCCGCAAGACCCAGUCCUGUUCAGCGGUACGAUCCGCACCAACCUCGAUCCGUUUGAGAACUACCCCGACUCGCAGCUGUACGACGCGCUCCAGCGCGCGGGCCUGAUCAAGGCCGGCGACCAGCAGCAGCAGCAACAACAGCAGCGGUUCACGCUCGACUCGGCGAUAGACGACGGCGGCGCCAACUUGAGCAUUGGGCAGCGGAGCCUCGUCAGUCUCGCGCGCGCAAUAGUCAAGGACUCGAAGAUCAUGGUGCUCGACGAGGCGACGGCCGCGGUCGACCUCGAGACCGACGCCGAGAUCCAGCGCGCAAUCCGGGAGGAGUGCAAGCGGUCUUCCAAGACGCUGCUGUGCAUCGCCCACCGCCUGCGCACCAUUAUCGGCUGGGACAAGAUCCUCGUCAUGGACGCCGGCGAGGUCGUCGACUUUGCCCCGCCCCUCGAGCUAUUUGACAAGGAGGACAGUGUGUUCCGUAGCAUGUGUGACCAGUCGCGCAUUGAUCGCGAGGAAAUCAUGCGUGCGAGGCUGGAUAGCAGUGUGUAAGAUAGACGUCAUAGAACUUGUAGAUGAAGCAUUUGGUGGCCGUGGGCCAUGGUGUCUGCGGGAUGCAUGCAACCCUCUCUCUCCG